AAAGAGUCGUGGAAACCGCGGAAACAAACCCACAAACAAGUGCCACACCUUUACGCCCCCACCCUGUGCCAGCCUCCCCACAAUCUAUCUAUAUAUAUUAUAUAUAUCUAAAUAUAUAAAAUCCAUAUUCCAUACAUCCAUUACAGUUAUCUAUCUCUCUCUCUCUCUCUCUCUAUCUCUCUCUGAAUUUUCCACUUGUACGGCCCACCGAGAUUUCAUAUUAAUUGAUCUGGAGGUGGUGGAGGAGGAGGAGAAGCAAAAAGGGUCGGGCGGAGAUGUCUCGUGAGUGCGUCGGAGACUCGGGUGGUGCCGGAGAGAUCAUGCUUUUUGGUGUGCGUGUGGUGGUGGACGCGAUGAGGAAGAGCGUGAGUAUGAACAACCUAUCCCAGUACGAGCAACCUCAGGAGGAGGGCUCCAAGGUUCAGAACACUGUCAGCGUCAAUAACAAUAAUACCAGAGAAGAUGUGGCCGCAGCAGCAUCCGGUUACGCCUCCGCUGACGAUGCCGUUCCUAAUUCUCGCGCCAGCCGUGAUCGCGAGCGCAAGCGAGGGGUUCCGUGGACGGAGGAGGAGCACAAGCUAUUCCUGCUGGGUUUGCAGAAAGUAGGGAAAGGAGAUUGGAGAGGAAUAUCGAGAAACUUCGUGAAGACACGCACGCCGACGCAGGUCGCGAGCCAUGCUCAGAAAUACUUUCUUCGCCGCAGCAACCUCAACCGUCGCCGCCGUAGAACUAGCCUCUUUGACAUCACCACCGAUACGGUCACGGCAACUCCUAUGGAAGCACAAGGGCAUCAUCAAGACACUGCCUCACAUUCUCACCCAUCGUUUCCUCCUCCAGCACCAACUGAAAGUUGCAAUUUUAGUGGGUUUCCAAUGAUGGGUGCUUUUCCGAUGACUGUUGGUCCGGCAGUGGUCCCAAUUGAGAACCCAAUGGAAAACCCAACCCUAAGACGGGUAAAUGUGGAGAUUAAUGCAGCCUCUUCAUUGAAGCUUGUCCGCCCAAUCCCUAUCCACACAGCACCUCAUGCUUCAACUAUAACUGAACUUAGUUCGAAUUCAAAGUCAGCUGUUGAUCCAUCACGGCUGACGCUCAAGCUGUCUUUGCCAUCUGAUCAGAGGGAGUCGCCGUCAAGGCAUUCGGCUUUCCAGGCAAUGCCAAGCUUCAACAAUGGUGAUAGCAUUAUCACCGUUGCUUGAGGAAGAUCCAAGUAUGGAAAAUGGUUUGAGAAUUAGGGCAGAUGGAUUAGAGGAAUGUUUAUCUGGAAAAAAGAAGCAGGCAAUGGGUUAGAGAUGACAAGGAAAAUUAGGUGACUGAAUUUGAUCCUUGUUUGUUUUGUACAGACCCAAAAAAGAACUGUCACGUCCUUUUCUGGUUGUAUGCAAUGAUCUUAGAUUCUUCUUCUUUUGUCUGCUUUCUAUUGUGGCUGAUAUUACUGAAAAUAACAAAGGACUUGAAUGCUCUUCUCUUCUGAUA